CAAAGAAUCUAUGAAGAAUUGAAGCCACUGGCCAUAUCGAUGGAGGAUUUUGAAAUUAUCGGUGAAAUCGCGACUGGAUGUUGCAGUACAGUGCUCGAGGUAAAGGAGAAGUCACAAGACGUGAAGUUUGCUCUCAAGACAAUAACCUUCAUGAAAGCGUUUGAAGAUGGGCCUUCGGCUUUCCAUUAUACCGAAGCCAGAAACAUAAUGACACAAAUCGACAGUCCAUGGAUUACACGCGCUGAGUUUUGCUUUCAUGAUGACUUCGGUCUCCGUUUGGUCACCGAGUUAAAUCAUGGCUGUACCCUACAGCAUUUUUUUAAAGUUUCCGAAAAGCCGUUGUUCGAAAAAGUCGUCCGAAUAUUUGCUUCUGAAAUUAGCGAGGCGUUGCAUGUGCUCCAUGGACAUCGCUACAUGCACGGGAAUUUGAAUCCUUCAAAUGUCAUGAUCGAUAUCCAUGGACACAUAAAGUUGGGUGGCUUUGGUCACGCAUUGAAGUUGGAUCAGAGUGAUCAGGCAGUAGGAAAGUUUGCACUACGGUCCAACUGCAUGCAGUACAUGAGCCCUGAAAUUAUCGAUCAGUGCCAACAGAAUAGAUCGAACGGAUCACCGAUUGUGUUCAGUGCUUCCGACGAUUGGUGGUCACUGGGUUCGAUUAUUGUCGAAUUGCUUGCUGGCGUCAACUUAUUCCAAGGUGACACAGAUGAAGCUACGUGCCGCAAGGUUCUAGAUUGGACUUCGAUGAAGAAACUUCUGCACAUUCGUUUCAAGAACUUGCCUUCGGUUCACGAUUUCGUCACCCGACUUGUGACCAGCCGCGAAUCCAGAAUGACCUACGCAGACGUCGUCAAUCAUCCAUGGAUGGCAAAUAUCGACUUUGAAAACCUCAGAAGCAAUGUGGUGCCCAUUCAUGUAGAUAUGUUGACGGUGAAUCCCGUCACUGAUUUCGUUCCAGCAGGAUAUAUGCCUGAUGGCGAAAUGACACCUGCCUGCCUCUUGAAACGCUACAACUAUGCCAAAACGCUUAUCGGAUUUGCGUACAACGCCUACUUAGCAGACGCUUCCAAAAUAUCAGAACUGCGAAUGCAUAAAGCCGACAACGCUGUUUUACCUCAUACCUGCCAAAUGAUGUCUGAAUUUGCCGAAAAGAGUCAAAAAAUUUUGGAUGAGCUGAAAGCCAAAGAGCUGACCUUGAAGGCCGAAAACAGCUGUCUGAAAGCUGAGCUGAAGGCAUUGCAAGCGUCGAAAUGCGAAAAUGAGCGCUUACUCCAGGAAGCAAACGAGGGUCAGAGCAAACUCAGUGCUUCCGUAAGCGAAUCUGAACUCUCUUCAAAGUUAGCAGCGGAUAUAAAGGAGAUGAAACGCAUCGACGAUGAGACCGUAGAACGUUUGCACCAAACCAAGGAUCCGUUACCUCAGUACCGGCAGCGAGUGAUAAAUUAUAUCCCGGAAAAUCAACACAUGAAGCGGUUGGAUUCGGAAGAACCGUACAAGCAGAAAGAUCAUGCUGAAGCCGAAAACCAGGUCGCCAUCGAUCAAUAUCAAUCUCAGAUUGUGGAGAUGCAGAAUCAUUUGGACGAAGGUGAUGAGUGUAUCGUUAGAAUGAAGCUCGAAAACGAUGCACUACAGCUUCAAGUAAAAUCUCAAAAUGCCAUGGUCCCUCAUCAACAAGCGAAAAUAGCUGAAUUGUGCAAGGAAAAUGCUAUGUUUUUCGGAAUGUUAGAAGAGCUUCAUCAUCAGUGCGAUGACUUGUUAAUGCUGAAGGAUAGCUACAAAGAACAGCUGAUUGCUUCCUCCACAAAACUGCAACACGUUCAGUGCGAAGCGGACAUUGCUCAACAGCAGUUGACAGAGAUACAAAAGCAGCUAAAAGAAGCUGAAGGAAAAAGGGCUGAAAUGCAUAAAAGGAUGUUGAACUACGAAGAAAAGCUGUUUGCUGUGUCCAAAGACUAUUCAGACGAACUGAGAAAAAUUUCAGCGGAGUGUGACUUCAAAUCUGAGGAAAAUUCUAAUUUGGCUUUUAUGGUAACCAAGCUUAAUCAGUCUCUACAGGAAAGACAAAACCAACUGAUGCAAGCGAAAGAAUCGAAAAGCUACCAAAUGCAGCGAAUACAGCUUCUCGAGGAAUAUGUAAUAUAUUUUUUGUUUAUUCGACGUUUUCAGUGGCGCGAAUUAGGUUUGCGAUGUUCUGUUGACUUCUUUAAAUUCUGGGUUAAGUUAUUCUUCUACCUUGUUCAUCUGUGUUGUAUGUUGACCUCUUGGUCGACCUCUAUUUUUUGGCUUCAUCUUCCUGCCGCGGUAAAGAAUUUGUGCACGACAUGUUUGUCUAACAGGGUCAUUUCGUAAUC